GCCAUGUUCGUUGGUGUACGUUGAAUGUAAUCAAGUGGCAGAGGUGUCUAGUCGCAUGCGCCAGAGAAGUUCAGCAAUGACGGAAGGCUCCGCCGCUUCUUUUCGCCGCAAAGCCCGAUCUGACGCCUGUCGCGAGUGACGCUUUACACAUCUUUGCUCUGUCUAGCACCUCUAUACAUCCGUGUCCAUCUCGUCAACAUGCAGCUUUCCGAAGAGACCAAGGAGCGCAUCUCGCGCGUCAUUGACAUUUCUCGUGUCGCUGUCCACUAUGGAUACCUUCCCUUGAUCAUCUACCUUGGCUACACCCGCAGCGUGCCCCGCCCUUCUCUGAUCAAGCUCUUCUCUCCUCUCGCCAUCUAAGCAGAAUAAGCUGGCCCGACACUGUACGAUAGACGAACGAGGCGUGAAGUUGUGUUGAGCGUUUACGAGAAAGGCCCAACGAGAUGCAGGACAGCCAGCGGCUUCGACUUCUGCAAUACUACCAAAAGGCUAUUCCUGCCACUUCUUGUACAAAGUAAAAUAUUCUGCCUUGACGAAUGAGGCUCUUUUUGAUGAAUCCACU